UCACUACUGGCGCUCCGCUCCUCCGCUGCCUCCCCUCUCCUCUCAUCCUGGAGGACAGAGCGAUGCGGAGACAAUAGGACGCAGAACCGGAGGAGGCUGCAGGAUGCUCGGCGCUACAUCCACCGUCACACGGCUGCACGGAGGCUUCUCACAGGACACCGAGAUCAGGCGUUUCUCCCGGCUCACCUGGCCUUAGUAUGCGCUUAGAUCAUCCCGUGUGUUCACCAGCAUCCUGGGCUGACAAGGCGGGCUCCACGGCCCCCAUAUGGGAACCUACUGAAGGUGACACCAGGUUUUAGCUGCUGCUGCUCUUGUCCUGCCUGAGCAUCCGUUCCCCAGCUUUUCUUCCCCAGUCUGUCCCCUGAAGUGAUUCCCCAGCAUGAGUUCCUCUCCGCUCGUGUCUCGAGCCAACAUGGACAUCCUGGACGAGCUGCAGCUGAUUGCGGCCCAGAAUCUGGAGAGGCUGGAGGUCAACAAGUACUACGAAGUGAUCAGGGAGCUGGGCAAAGGCACCUACGGCAAGGUGGACCUGGUCAUCCACAAGAUCAGAGGUACAAAAAUGGCACUGAAGUUCUUGAAGAAGAAGACUACCAAGCUGAAGUCGUUCCUGCGGGAGUACAGCAUCUCACUCUACCUGUCUCCCUGCCCUUUUAUCAUCAACAUGUUCGGCAUCGCCUUCGAGACAGACGAAUACUAUGUGUUUGCACAGGAGUACGCUCUGGCAGGGGACCUCUUCGAUAUUAUUCCUCCACAGGUUGGUCUUCCAGAGGCAGUGGCAAAGCGCUGUGUGCACCAAGUAGCCAUCGCCCUGGACUACCUGCAUUGCAAGAAGCUGGUCCACAGGGACAUCAAGCCUGAAAACAUCCUCAUUUUUGACAGAGAGUGCCGCAAGGUCAAGCUGUCCGACUUCGGCAUGACCCGCAGAGCUGGCUCGCCUGUGAAAAGAGUGAGUGGCACCAUCCCCUACACGGCCCCGGAGCUCUGCGACGUGUCCCGCCACGAGGGUUUCUGCGUGGACUACAGCACUGAUGUCUGGGCCUUCGGUGUGCUGCUCUUCUGUAUGCUGACCGGCAACUUCCCCUGGGAGAAGGCGCUACCCUCCGACUCCUUCUACCAGGAGUUCAUCCGCUGGCAGAGGAGGAGGACGAACACGGUGCCGUCCCAGUGGAGGCGCUUCACUGAGCAGGCUCUGCGCAUGUUCCGCCGGUUGCUCUCCGUGGAACAGGACCGCCGUUGCUCCGUCAAAGAGGUCUUCGGGUACUUCAGCCACUCCUGGAUGCUGGAUGCGGAGAACAACAACAACAACGGCAACAGCGGAAAUGGCGGAGAGAGGGUUGGCGGCGGAGGGGGUGGAGGAGGGGGACGGGGAGAGGUGGACGGCACUAUCUCGUCAUCUUCAUCCGGGGAGGAAGACGAGGAGGUCCUCGUGGAGAGGAUGAAGCAGCAGACUUUAUCUCCUCUCUCCCCGCUGUCACCGCUCUCUCCCAUGUCUCCGGUGGCGGUGGAGAGGGGGAACGGCGGCGGGGCUAAGGGCGGGAUGAUGGAACCGGGCGGUGGGCACCAUUUCGUGUCCGUCUCCACCAACAGCUCCGUGUCGUCCACCAACAGUUACGACCGAAUGCCGCGAGAAAACAGUUCGCCGGGUGGCCGCAUGCUGGUGGCUACGCCCAUUGAAAUCUGCGUCUGAGUGCGCCAGAACGUUGAUGUUGUCACAAACUCACAAAGCGGUACACACUUUUAUACCUCUCAUCCGACCACGUAGAUGUGCAUGCAUGGAAAAAGAAACAAACAGACAAUGAGUACUAACACAUAUCCUGUUUUAAUCAUCCUGGGAUAGGAAGAGCACACGCAUGGAAAGUAUUUGUAGAAUGCAUACAUUCCUCAUGAGGUUGGGUUUUUGGUCAGAUUGGAGUCAUGAAGCACCAAUUUACAAUUUGAUUUCACUGAUGUGUGCAAAUGCAGUUUUGUGAAACCCAGAGGAAAAAUGAAAAAUUGCUUCCAUUAGAGAUUCUGUCACUAAAAGAAGACCAAAAUGUAUUUCUUAAAGCAAUACUUCCAGCAAAAAAGAAAAAGAAAACAAGAAGCAAGCAGAGACACAGAAGACGCAGAGUGCUGUGUGAUCUCUUCAGGGUGUGACCGGGUGUAAUUUCUGAAUGAAGCCAAGGGACAAAGGAUUUGUAUUUUUGAAGAAGACUAAAACAGAGUUCCAAGGAAAUACCUUGCAGGAUAAAAAAAGAACGGUGGUUUUAAAUGUUUGUGUGUUUGUUGUAUCACUGUUCCGUAUGUAUGAAUCCAAAUGAAGUGGAUUUAUUUUGCUUUGAGAAUUUUAUUGUUUACUUGAACCUAAAAAGAACAUCACACUAUUUUUUCUAUUACUUUUUUUUUGUAAAGCAGCUUUCUUUGUCUUUCAUUCAACUUCACAUUGUGAUUUGGUGUUCUGGCCUAGCUGUAUCUGCCAACACAUUUGGUUGGCAGCUGUACAUAUUGGUUUGAACCGUUAUGUAUAUUCUGUACGAGGUUUGACCAACGGCUUUCAGACGGAAUAUUUUACCGUCCAUGACGUCAGACUGGACUGAGAGAAGGCUUAUGAUGUCUCUGUCAAACAUGUCUACUUCACUGUUCAAAGACUAUUUUCUACUCACUCUCCAAAUUCUGCUUCUAUAGAUUCUGUUUUCUUUGAAAAGUUUUUCCCCCCAAAAUCUGUUUGUAUUGCUUAUGUUUUCUUCGAAACUAUUAGGGAAAUGUAUUGUCUGAAAAGAUGAGAAAAAUAAUCACUAAUCAUUUUUAAUUCAACCUGAAGAAGAAGAAAAAAAUCCCAGAAGAUGUUAAAGAGUCACCUUUUAUAAAAUUGCAUGACGAGUAGCUCAAACAUACCUUUACGACAAAUUUGAACCGGAUUUACAAAAAAAAAGCGGAAAAACAGGAUAAAAAGAAACGUAAAAUGUUGUGAUGUGGAAUUUUUGCCGUAGCACAAUUUCUUGCAUUAUGUCCCAGAGUGAAUAUUGCCGUCAUGAUCUCCUGAGACAUCCUAGGGCUAAAAAAUCCAAACAAUAAUUAGUUUCUAUUCAGUGUGUUGUAUUUGUAUUGCUAUUAAUGACAUGUACAUCGUACCACCUUCAGCAACAGAAAAAAGCAAAGCAUGAAGACAUAGAGCAAGAGGCUUGAGUUUAAAUCACAGGUAGGGAGAGUUUUCCUUCUAAAUUGCCAAUUUUAGUAAAGUAGUGUGGCGUACACGUGUUUUUUUCUCUACCAACUUAAAAUUAACAGCAAAAAAAGUGAUCCCUUCCUUUUCUUUGACUCAUGAUGAAUAUUACCUAAAUAAUUUGAAGGAGAAAAAAAAGUAUUGGAUCGAGCACAGGAAUGGGCGUUUUGUGUGUUGCUUUCCAGACAUAAAUCUGCAUGAACUUGUAUGUGCUGAAGCUCUGUUGUGAAAACCUGCUCCGUGUUUCGCCGCUCACAAGCUGUCGUACCCUGUAAAUGUAGUAUAUCUGCAAACAACAUGUUUCUUUAUCUUGUGAGAGUCAGUAGCCUCAGCUUGGAUCCACCCUGAGGAUCAGCUAAACUCAGUUCAGCCCUAACGUUAACCCUGUUUGGAUCAUGUUCGCCAAAGCUGCUCCCGGAUCAGCGAGUGAGUAUGCAAAUGACUACAUCUUGUGACAAUCUCUGACCUCAUCCGGCAGCCUUCUGACUCGGAACAAAGGACGGUCCUGAUACAGACACUGUAGCCGUGCUGUUUUCUCCAUCAGCCAGCUGCAAGCAGCUCUGGCUCUGCAGCGUUUACUGUGUAAGCUCCAGCACUUGAGAUUCAACUGGUGAGGCCUCACACAUGACCGUAUGAAGAAGAGAUUACACGGGCCUGUUCAUUACCUCAUCGUGUCAUUCUUUCUCUGCAGAAUACCUCCUCAAACCACCCUUCAACUUCUCCUCAGCACUUCCCAGAUGUAUCUAUAGUGUAUCAAACAUCCAUUCUAAUCUAACAAACCGUUUAUUCUUUUUACAAGUCAAGUGAGAAAUUGUGUAAAACUGGUAGUGGCGGAGCCAAGGGGUGGGCACUUUGGAAAAAAAUUAAAUAAAGGAAUGACUACUAUCAGGUGAAUUGUUCAAAUUAUCUGGAAUGCAACCCACAUUACAAAAUAUGCUGCAGAAUUGACAUUUGGUCAUUUGCUCUGCCUCCACUGCCUUAGUGAGAGUCAAGCUAACGUUUGUUGUGGUGGUAAUGCUAACGCAGGCUUUUGCGUUUUGAAAAGUCAGUAAACAGCUUCACCUUAUCUACGAUUUUUCCAUCUGUGGUGUCAGAUCCAAAAUACUUCCACACAUUACUUCUCACAUGAUUUGGUGUCAUGAUUACCUGUUGAGCACAGCUUGCUAGUUACCUCCAUUUUGCAUUAGUGAAGACAACAAGAUUUUACAUUACAUUUUUUGUAUGUGUUUAAAUGGUGGUUAAAAUUUCGAUUAAAAAAUGUACAGCCCUAGUGGGCAGAAUAGAGACUAAAGCCUGGCCACACCAUUGGCCACCACACACAGCAUCACUACCCUGCUCUUUCAUUUGCAGAAUCUUUCCCUGUUAAUCGCUACAUGAGCCAGCAAACGUUUUCACACGCUGUGCAGGAGUGAUAUUAAAAGGUGCCUCUUUGGAAGUGUCAUGUAAAACAAACACGAUGUUGGCACAUUGCUGCAUUGCCUCUAUGAGUGUUGUUGCCAACAUCUGUCAUCAGAAUAGCCUAACGGCAGGAUGUGAGUUGCGCUUCUUGGAUGUGUGAGCAUGUGCGUCCAUGUACACACAUGAGGUCCCACUCGUAAAAACAUUGCUCAUAGUGCUUGUGGUCAAACAAUCCACAGCAUACAUUUAACUUAACAGAUUGGAGACGCAAAAUAUUUGCACCUGCACUGUCAACGUAGUUUAAUACAAAGUGAUCUGAAAUCCUCUUGUAUUUACCCAGUUUUUGGCUCCUUUUUUUUUUUAAACGGCAAGAUUCAGCAUUAUUUCAGCCCACAAGACCAUUAGGAGCUCAUUUAGACAACAAAGCCAAAUUUUGGUCAUAAACAAACAUCCACUAAACUGUUUACAACAGCCUAUUAAAUGUGACCUCUAAAGGCGUACUGUAAGCUUGGUGCUCACUUAGCAGUGUUGCCUCGAUGACUGAACAACAGUAACUAUUUGACCUGUGGCACUGUGCCAUGCAGAAAAACUGAAAAAGACACAGAUUUGUUUCAGCCACCUGGAUGAAGAUGUGUUUGGCUCCGCCACUAAAGUCUGGGUGAGAUAAUUCUACUUGUUGCUAUGCAGAUUCGUUAGUUUCGGGGAUUUCUGAGACAUAAAAUGUUCAACAAGGCAACACAGAUUAGACUGACGGAUUCCUGAAACUAAAGAAACAAGUUGAUUUUCAGGAUAUUCUUAAUCUCAUCACAGUAAUCAUUUGAAUUGUGAUGCAACUAUAAGCAACAGAAUGUAAUGAAGAACUAAAGUCAAGUUAGAAUGGAUAUGUUACGUUCAGGUCCAGUAUCCGCUGCAGCUGAGGACAAACUACACAUUAAGGGAUACGUCACCUUCCCUUUUCUUCCUCGCCACGCCUGAAUCAGUCGCUGCUGCCUCUUCACCUCAUCCAUAGCGUAAAGUGUUGUAAUGGAGUUCCAGUGUCUUUCUGUCCAGUGACACGUUUCAAAGCAUCAUGAUUUUGGUGUUGGAGUUUUAGUGAGUAGAUGACCACAGCACUAGAACUCGUAUCCGGUUCUGUCUUUGCAAUACAACUGUCUUCCUGUAAGCUAAGAUUUAGUCAAUAAAAUGAGAAUUCUUGUUGGAGUGA